AUGUUGAAGCCCUUCCAGAUCAAGGACCUUCACGUGUCUCCAUCUCCAGACCACGGGAUCAACGCAGACACUUCGGUCUCUCACGGCGUGGUACAGAUCUCAGCGGCCGACUACGAUGACAUCGCUACAAGCCACCCUCGAGCGCGACUGGCAUACAUUGACUACGAAGAUGAUGAACAAAUCACUGUAAGAUCAUAUCGCAAGUACCUUUUUGCCCACCUACGAACUGAUCAACUCGACAUCAACGAACGCCUUGAUUCCACUAAACUGUCUCGUGAAGGAGCCGAACCGAUGCAUCUCUUUGAUAUUCGCCGAUCAAAUUCUGUGAUCGAGUUGUGGAAGCGAUUUGAGAACACUGCCAACGAAGCGCCCAAGGCCGCGGAAAUGCCGAGUAAUAUCUCCGCUACAGCAGAGCACAUUAACAACGGCCAAAUCGAGGAAACGUCAGCCUCGGAACAUACCAUUUCCCCGGCACCCGCCGUGGAAGAAGAUACGCAGCCUCUGAUGGUCGCAUUCGAAGCCGAACUGUCCAAUAUUCUCAAGUCCAGUGAAACUUCUAAAACAAAGGCGCAAGAAACGAGGGCUGAGCCCGCCCUCGAACCAUCGGCCAACAAUACAUCACAUGGAAUCCCUCCCGCUGUAGAACAAUUUAUGGCUCAGAUGCUGCAACAACUCUGCAGUGGAGUUGGUAUCAUGCAAAGUGAAUUACGAACAAGGAUUCCUGAGCUGCGACGUCAACUAAGUGAGGCUCAGAGGGAGCUUCCAGAGAAUCUCGCUACUUCACUGCAAGCUCUUUUCACGCAUCUUGAGGCUCAGAUGAGAACUGCCUUCAAUAACUUGCCGCAGAAUGGAAGACAUAUGGCAGAAGAAGCAAUUCAAGCCGGCAAGCCUGUCGCUGAGACCGCCGUGGAAACUUUGCGGUCUUUUGCUACUGAUCUGGAUCAGAGUACACGAACUUUGUUCGCGGCAUUCGAGAACGAGUUUGGCCGAGCCGGGUUCCAGAACUUAAGCACCACGACUGGCAGCUCGAACGCGGCACCCGGCGUCGUAUUCACUCCUCUGAUCAGUGUGCCUGCUCCACCUGUCUCCAGUCAGGAAAGACAAGUUCACCCGGCAGACACACUAACGCAACAGAAAAAUAAUACGGCAUCAGGUCCAAUCUCGCUCAAAGACUCUGGACCAUCCAAUGCAACUGAACCACAGCCUGCUUCCAAUCCACACAUCGAGGCAGAGACGCAGCGUUGGAACAACCAUUCUCAUCCUCCUCCUAAUUGGCCUAGCGACGGAAAGCCCUAUGCUCAGCAUUUCCAGCCACUAGACCAUUAUAACCCUCUCCCUCAGCCACCAAGCUGGGCAUCUCUCGAUGCUAGCCAACCAUGGCACCCACACGCUCACCCAUCACAUCGCCAUGCUCAUCGUCCUCCUCCGCCACGUCACUACCCCCCGUAUUCAUUCCAUCCGUGGUCCUCUGCGCCAGCCCCGACGCCCCCAUUCGUCCCGCAGGAUAUGCAACAGCCUCUCAACUCCUUCCCUCACAGCCGCACGUCGGCUCCUCCCCCAUACACAGUAGAGGCUCUGUCCAAGAAUGGAGGAAUCAUGGCAGAGACAUCCGAGAAUAAGACCUUAUUCAUCGGAAACGUCGGCUUCAAUGUCACCGAGAAAAUGAUUCAGGAUGUGUUCGCUUCAAAGGGAUUCAUUGUUGAAGUGGAUCUUCCUCUGGAUUCCAUGUCGGGCAAACACGCAGGCUUCGGCUACCUGCAGUUCCCGUCGAUUCACCCGGCAAUGGCUGCAAUGAACGCCUUGCAGGGCUUCCACAUUGAUGGCCACGCUAUCAACCUUGAGUUCAGUGAUCAGGUGCCCAUUGAACGUAUUCCUGCAUCGCCUCCCUCGUCCAAAGCGGUGAUGUCGAGCUCAGUCGACACUCAAAAGGGCAAUUCUCCGAGACCUCCUGUCAGCGAUACAUCUGUGCCGCAGAGAAAGGGCUCAAUCAAGCGCAGGAAGUCGGUCACCUUCCAGGAGCCUGUCUUGCCUGUGCCAGAUGUUGUCUUCCCGAGUGCCAACGCUCCUCGGGCUGCCCCUCCCGCAUUGAUUGACUUGGCAGAUGACUCUGCUUCGGAUCCCGCUCCUGUUUGGGCGCGCAGCCAUUCUCCUCCUCUGAGUGAAGGGCACCCUACAGCGAGCGAGAUGAUCGAUUUAGGGAUGAAUCGUUUCCCGCCUGUUUCCCAAUUGGAUGCGCACCUUCGGGCGAAUCAUUGGCAAGAUCGUGCAUCUGUACCUCCUCACGGUGUAUCCCCUGGGGACUAUGCCUCUUUCCGCAAAAAUUCGCGGUCGCGCCAGGCCUCUGAUGUUUCUGUUGAUAGAGCCACUGCUUUUGGCGUCAACAUGCAGGCCCGGCCGACUAGACAACCCCGUGCCGAAGAUAACAACGAAGACUCUCACAGCGGCAGUAAGUCUUUGCCGAAAGUCAAGCGCUCGGAAACAAUGCAGAAGCUUUCCGAACAUGCUUCUCCAAAUGAUCUCACUGCCGAAGUUCCUCUCAGACGUCGAGCAACUGAGCGUGACUCGCUCCGUCCCAGUUCCCGACAGAGGGCUGAGAUUGAUACUUGGGCGCGCUUAGACAGACGAGAGCGCCUGCGUUCCCGACCAUCGUCCACCCAGAGCAUCCCUGGAAGUUUCCCCAUGGAGGAAGCCUCUCAGUCUGCAGCCACACAAUCUAGUCCAAGACAUUCCGAUGGUUCUCGGGACCCCCAUGCCGAGAGUAUUGAUAAUUGCAUCUCUUCGCUUGUCGACAUGGGUUAUGGUACUCCUGAGGAAGGUGGACGAUCCCGUAUGGCUGUCUAUGCAGCUGCAUCAAACGGCAGCCUCCUGGAUGCUAUCGAGAUGAUUGAGGAGGAACGGAAGGCAUAUGCUGGACAACUUCAAUGGUAG